CUCUUUUCAGAGAUGGAAGAGGGCUGCCAGCAGCACGCCUCCGUCUCAGGCAUCACCCUGCCACCCACCUUCUCCGUCGCCCGAGCCUUUGAGGAGAUGGCGGCCAAGGGGACGGUCAAUGUUCCCCUCCUGCGGGCAGCGAGGGUGCUGCGGAGCAAUGGAUUCAAGACCUGUGUCCUCACCAACAACUGGGUCGAUGACAGCUCUGGGCGACUCUUCACGGCCACCCUGAUGAACCUGCUGCAUCGACACUUUGACCUGGUGCUGGAGUCCUGUCGGCUGGGAGUGCAGAAACCAGAUCCCAAGAUCUACACCCACGCCCUGGAUGCUCUGCAGGCAAAGCCACAAGAGGUCAUCCUCCUGGAUGACAUCGGGGAGAACUUGAAACCAGCUCGGGAGAUGGGCAUGGCCACCAUCCACGUCAAGGACACUGAAACCGUCCUGAAGGAGCUGGAGGAGCUCUCAGGUGUCCAGCUUCUCACCCAAGAAGAGCCUCUGCCAACUGCAUGUGAUCCAUCUGAUGUGACCCAUGGAUACGUGCCCAUCCGGCCUGGUGUCCAGCUGCACUUUGUGGAAAUGGGACAUGGCCCCGUUGUCUGCCUCUGCCAUGGCUUCCCCGAGUCCUGGCUCUCCUGGCGCUACCAGAUCCCAGCUUUGGCUGAUGCUGGCUUCAGGGUGAUCGCUCUGGAGAUGAAGGGCUACGGAGAGUCCACGGCCCCACCAGACAUAAAAGAAUAUUCCCAGGAGCAGAUAUGCAAGGACUUGGUGGUUUUCCUGGACAAACUG